CCUCUUCCGGCUAAAUUUCAACAUGCUGAUGUAGUAGAUUACAUUGAUACGCCUGUUCAUUUCACUUAUUUCUUCUACUUCUUUUUUGUAUACGCACUUAGAUUUAGGUCAACAAGUUGAAGAGUAACGUUACAAAUACAUUCAGUUUACAUCUUACUGCGCAGUGCGUGUGUUUUCUCUACCAGGUUCAAGAUGCCCGGGCUCAGCUGUAGAUUUUACCAGCACAAGUUUCCGGAGGUAGAAGAUGUGGUUAUGGUCAACGUCAGGUCGAUCGCGGAGAUGGGCGCCUAUGUGAGUCUAUUAGAGUAUAACAACAUUGAGGGUAUGAUCCUGCUCAGCGAGCUCUCCAGACGACGAAUCAGAUCCAUCAACAAGCUCAUCCGGAUCGGGCGCAAUGAAUGCGUGGUGGUCAUUCGUGUUGAUAAGGAGAAAGGCUACAUUGAUUUAUCUAAAAGAAGAGUAUCACCUGAAGAGGCCAUUAAAUGCGAGGACAAGUUCACAAAAUCUAAAACUGUUUACAGCAUUUUGAGGCAUGUCGCUGAAGUUCUGGAGUACACUAAAGACGAGCAGCUGGAGAGUCUGUACCAGCGAGCAGCGUGGGUGUUUGAUGAGAAAUACAAGAGACCUGGAUACGGAGCUUAUGAUGUCUUUAAGCAGGCUGUGUCCGACCAAUCCAUUUUAGACGGCCUGGAUUUGACAGAGGAGGAAAAGAUUGUUCUGAUUGAUAACAUUAACAGACGCCUUACUCCACAAGCUGUCAAAAUAAGAGCAGAUAUUGAGGUGGCCUGCUAUGGUUAUGAAGGCAUUGAUGCAGUCAAAGAGGCUUUGCGGGCUGGACUAGCUUGUUCAACAGAGGCUAUGCCAAUAAAGAUCAACUUGAUUGCCCCUCCUCGCUAUGUUAUGACCACAACCACACUAGAGCGCACCGAGGGUCUUUCUAUUCUCAAUCAGGCCAUGGCUGCUAUUAAAGAAAAGAUCGAGGAGAAAAGAGGUGUCUUCAACAUUCAGAUGGAGGCUAAAGUGGUAACGGACACAGAUGAGACAGAACUGGCUCGGCAAUUGGAGCGUUUGGAGAGAGAGAAUGCAGAAGUUGAUGGAGAUGAUGAUGCAGAAGAAAUGGAGGCCAAAGCUGAUGACUAACUGAUAAAAUGAACCAGCACUGCCAUAAUCAUUCAGGGGAUUUGCAUUGAAUUGUUCAUCAUACCAUUGACUGAAGACUGGAAAAGCAUCGAUGGACUUGAUGCUUCUGAGACCCAAAAUAGGGGCCAGAUAGUGACACGAUUUUAUUUUCUGUUGUGGAAGAGGAGGAAGGCAGUGACAAAGGAUUACAUUCAAAAACAUUUGCUUAAGUUUUGGAUAGUUCUAUAAAAUGUAGAAUUUUGUUUUGAGUGUAUUAUUAAUGCUUAUAAUAUUUCAAAAUUGUGAUAAAGUGACCUUACUGUCACCCAGCCUCUUUAGGAAGGAUGUUCAGUUUUUGGUCAGCAGCCUCAAACUUCUGACAAGCCAGUUCACUUCUCUUAUUCAGAGCUGUAUGGUGUGGAUGCAAAACAAAUAAUAAAUCAGAAAUCUUUUCAAAAAUG